AGACGAAGUGCGAGCGAUCGAAGUGACGGUAGAACGAGAGAAGAACGAGCACGCGACCUGUACAUUCUGUCAGUACUGGAUAUACAAAUACCGAUAGAGUAGAAGUAGAAGAGGCAACCUUUGGCCUUAAGAAAUAACGCGAAGAACGAAACGGUCGCGAUCGUUCGCUCUCGGUCUUCCACCAGUCUUCCUCGAAAUCAUGACGCCGACAUGAGAUUUAAUUGUAAGUCGACAAUCAGCGCUGAUAUCAAGGGAUUAAAAACAAAGCAAUUGUGAGAGAAACGUACUCGAUUACGUUUUGUGAAGCAGAGUGCCUUCAUGUGUCGAUGUGCAUUGUACUAGUUUAUGUUGAUAUCGCGAUAUAACGUACAAGAUUUUUAAAUCGACGUGAUCAGUGUGCGUCUUGUCGUGUCGUACUCGCGUUUCCGGGACGACUGCAUUGCGAGGGUAGAAUGAAACUCGACUUCUUCAUCAUGAGCGUCACGAUUCUGCCGGCAAUAUUGCUUGCGUUGAUAUGCGAAAUAAAUGCUGUUCCAACGCAGUGUUCGAAGCCAGUCAAGAACAAGAGCGAUUACGCCCAAGUUCUCGGUCUUUCAUUAUUGUUUUACGAAGCGCAGCGAUCCGGUAAGCUGCCGAAGAACAACAGGAUUUUGUGGCGAGGCGAUUCCGCGUUGUACGACCGCGGCUCGAAUGGCGAGGAUCUAACCGGAGGAUAUUAUGAUGCUGGUGACUUCGUUAAGUUCGGCUUCACGAUGGCUUUCACGACAACGCUCUUAGCUUGGGGAGCGGUCAAAUGGCCGGAGUCUUAUAAAGCCGCUGGUCAACUGGACGAGAUUCGUAGAACUAUCAAAUGGUCUACCGAUUACUUUAUCAAGUGUCACGUGAGCGAGAACGUGCUGUACGGACAAGUCGGCGAUUUUCCAAUCGAUCAUAUGUUUUGGGGAAGACCCGAAGAGCUGAAUACCACCAGGCCGACCUAUAAGAUUGAUGCGGAACAUCCUGGUUCCGAUCUCGCCGGCGAAACGGCCGCCGCUCUCGCGGCCUCGAGCAUCGUCUUUAGCAGCGUCGAUCCUGAGUACAGUGCUAAGUGUCUGAAACACGCGAAGGAGCUGUAUAAAUUUGCCGAUGUUUAUCGUGGCCUUUAUCACGAAGCGAUACGUGGCGCCGAACGAUAUUACGAGAGCACAGAUUAUGGCGACGAAUUGGCAUGGGCCGCCAUUUGGCUCUUCAAGGCAACGGAGGAUACUAAGUAUUUUGACGAUGCGGUGCAUCAUUAUCAGCAUUUCCAUCUCAAGGAGCGACCAAACGCGUUCUUUUACAACAAGAAAGUCGCUGGUAUCCAGCUGUUGCUGGCUGAAUUGACAGAACUGUCCGAGUAUCAGAAUGCUACUCGUGCCUUUUGCGACUUCUCAAUGUUGCAACAGAAACGCACACCGAAGGGCCUUUUGUUUAUCGAUAAAUCUGGUACUCUUUCUCACGCCGCUAAUGUAGCCUUCCUCUGUUUGGUAGCAGCAGACUCUCCGGAAAUCGGUGAUUCACAGAAAUACCGUCAAUUUGCCAAAGAACAAAUAGAUUAUAUGUUGGGCAGAGCAGGAAGAAGUUACGUGAUUGGAUAUGGUAACAAUCCACCGAAGCAACCGCACCAUGCCGCAUCUUCCUGUCCCAACAGACCAGCGCCCUGCGGAUGGCAGGAAUUCAUCAAGAACACCCCAAAUCCGCACAUUCUCUAUGGUGCUUUAGUUUCCGGGCCGGAUGAGGUGGAUUUGUUUAAAGAUUAUCGGGCAGAAUACAUCUAUACCGAAGUCACUCUGGAUUACAAUGCUGGUUUCACCAGCGCACUUGCCGGACUGUUGCAACUGCAACUGAACACCUUAGAGAAUUGUUGAAGGAAAACAAAUUUAUAGUAUUCGAUUGUAAUCGAUGCACAGACAAAUCUUUAUGGAAAAAAAAAUGGAUAUUCUCGCUGAUUGUUUGCAGCAGAACACAAAAAUACUCGUUGAUAUAAACAUUUUUAUAUUCGAUUAAAAUUUUAUGAAUAUUAUUAACGUUACAUUAAAUAGUAUUAAUUUUACGUUACGUAAAAGUUUAAUUUUUUUGUAUAAAUUAUUAUAUAUAAAUCCUGAAUUGUAUAUUGUCGAUAUUCUGCCACACAGCGAUAAAACCAUUCGUGAUAUAGUAUCUUGAGGUAAUAAGUAAGCUGCGAUUUACGUCAUUAAUUUUAAGAAAGUUUUAAGUUUAGCGCAACUUUUUGUAAAUCAAACUUAUGUAGAAAAUUAAGAUACUUACGUUAACAAUGUUCAAUUAAGAUGUGUAAAUUGAUUAUAUCGAAACAAAACUAAAAUGGCUCAGCUAAGACUCAAGACAGUGCUCUCGUGUAAAUAAAGCAUUGUUUAGAAACAAUAAAGCUUAAUCUAAAUCGCAGUUCGGAAAUAAUAAUUCAAAUAAUAAUAAUUCAAAUAAUAAUUUAUUUUCAAUUAUGUUUGAAAAAACUGUAACACACGAUACUUUUCGAGGAAAUAAAAGAUGGCUAUCGAUCAUAAACCGACAUACGCAUACAAACUGAAUCAUACAGUACAAUAAUAAUCGCAUGAAUAAAAACAAAAAAAAAA